CAACUAACCUAGACUGAGCAUCUCCACCAUGAAGACAGCUGGUGUCUUCAUGUUCCUCACUCUGGUACUUUUAUGUUGCUUCUCAGGUGUUGCCAGUGAGUCUUCGAAUCAGUUGCAGAAUGAUUGCAGUGCUUAUCCAGAACCACCAAAGGGCCAAACCCUCCUCUGUAAGACAGAGUACAGGCCUGUCUGUGGCACCAAUGGUGUGACAUACAACAACAAAUGUUUUUUGUGCCUCGCCAAAUGGCAAACUGGAGGCAGGCUUAGCCUACAACAUGAGGAAGUUUGUAUGAAAAAAAUUGAUUGCAGUAGAUACCAACGAACAAAAGACCCACGCAAGAUAGCCUGCCCACGGAUCUAUGCACCAGUCUGUGGAACUAAUGGUGUCACUUAUGACAAUGAAUGUCUGCUAUGUGCAGAAAUCUUAAAGGGGGCUACCAUACGCCUGGCACAUAAAGGACAGUGUAUGGUGAAGGAUGAUUGUGGUGGGUAUCCAAAACCACAGAAGGGUAAACAGUUUGCCUGCCCAUUGAUUUACAGACCUGUCUGUGGGACAAAUGGCAUCACAUAUAGCAACAAAUGUAACUUGUGUGCAGCAAGAUGGAAAACUGGAAUCAACAUUGGCAUAAAGCAUGAAGGAAGAUGUAACCGCAAGAUCAACUAACGGAAGAAUUGGCAUAACAUAGAAAAUAU